AUGGAGCUCUUACCCGAUCUUUUUCAGCAGUGGCAGCGACGCGAGCGCGAGAUUGACCACAUCUCGCUGAUCUCGCUGAGUUCUGCAGACAGCCGGCCGCCCGCCUGGGAGGACUGGGAUGACAUCGACGAAGAGAUCUGCGAGCUGCCCGCCGAGAUCUGUAAGGGAAAAACCGACCCGUACUGCAUCGACUGGGUUUACAGAGCGCACGAUUUUUGGCUGAUUCGUCGUGGGCCUCAGAGCCACGAGGGCCUGCUGAUCGGUGUGAAGGGUCCGAGUUUCCUGCUCAUCUCCUGCGACUACAACUUCCGCAGCACGCGCACCGAGAAGGAGAGCGACGAUUUCUUCGAGGCCUCCGAGCAAGCCCAGCAGGACAUCAAAGCCGCUUUCGUGGGGGACGAGCCGGAAGUAAAGGAUCCGAGGUGGCUCAGGCCUAAGCCCAAAUGGAUCAUUACAGACCGUUUGGCUGCGAUGGAACGCGCUGAGCUCGCGUUCAAGGAAUGGACCAAGGUGGAGCCCCACAACUCGGUGCCGAUUCGCGAGCGCGCCAUCGAUCGUCUGUUAAACGACUCGGUGUGGGACCACUCCUGCGAGAAGUCGUUCACGCCGACGUUCGAAUUCGACCCGCCGAAGGACACGCUCCUCGGCCGCUACGUGUGGCUUCGAUCGUUCUUUUGCAGGGAGGACGAUGGAGUU